UAUUUAUAUUUUAUAUUCUGACCUAAAAAUAUAAAUUUUAUAAAUUUAUUUGGAAAAAACUGGAAAAAAAAGACUGGGAAAUUUAAUUUUUGGGAAAACAGAACUUCAAAUACCAUAAAUAGGAGAAGAGUGAGGGGGAGAGAGGGGCUCCUAAUCAAAGCCCAAGGCCCUGAUAACCUAGAAAAAAAAACUGGAAAAAAGCGGAAAGCUCCUAACACAAUCAUCAGGUAUGCCACUCUCCUUGCCUCUCAAAAAAAGUACUAGAAAUUAAUUUUUUUCAUAAAAUAAGGGGUAGAGAGUCAAAGGGAGGGAAGGGAAGAAAGAAGGUUGCUCCAAAGCCUAGGGCCAUAAUUAUCACCCAGUUUCCACUCCAAAAAUAAAUUUCUUUGGAUUAUUAAAUUAUUUAAAAAAUAAUUCUUUCCCAAUCUCUAACUUAAUUUUUUAAAAUUAAAUUUUUUUUUAAUUUUUUAAGAAAAUUUCUUUUAGUUAAUGCAUGGAUGGCUGUCCUCUUCUUCUUUAAAUUUUUCAAUUUUAAUAAUAAAAUUAUAUUUUCUAAAAGAAAUGAUUCGGGAUAUAAAAGAAAGGGCAAAAAACUGGUUUAAAUGGUGGUUAACAAUAAUAAAGAAUAAUAAUGUUGAAAAGGACGCCGAUGGCAGCAAUGCUUUUAGUAAAGUUGUUGAUGACUCUUCUCUGAUUUUAUCUACAACAACUACAAACAAAGAAGAGAAAAAGAAUGUUAAUUUUAAACAAAGUUUGAGAAAUAUAAAAAGAAGAAAAUGGUGGGCAGAGAAAAGAAACUUUCCGGAAAGGUAUAACAACAACAACGCGGCAGAGUCCAUUCAUUUAUUACACAAAGCAGACGGAAAUUAUUUUGGCGACAAUCAAAAUUUGAUCAACUUUGACGGGGAUCGGUCUGGUUUAUUUUUAUUAAAAAUAAAUUUUUUGGUGAAAAUAAUUUUUGUUAGGAGGGAUUUAAAUAUCUCCAAUAAGCAUGGAUAA